UGCUGUAGGUUUAGGGGCGGACAGCCAUUAGGAGAGACGACUGCCCCUCCCACCCCAACUUCCCGAUCGCACCCUGUCUCCCAACCUGCUGCCUUAGAGUUGUAAGCCAGGUGGGGGCAAGCAGGCAGGCACCGCGUCUCUGCUGCCGCAUUAAUUGCAUGUGUGUGGGAUUCUGUGUGAGAAUCUUGGGGAUCCGCUGAGGAGUGGGGGGUGGGAACCUUGUGCGGGAUUCUGGUGCGCUUGAGUUCGUGCUUUUGGACGGGGUUGUGCUGGGGGAGGGGAGUGUUUGUAUUGUUAGCGGUGAGGAGAGACUGCUGGGAGGAGGGGAGGAGGAGGAGGAAGAAUAGAGAGCAGGAUCUUUCGCUUUGGAUGUGUGGAGACGGAAGCUUGCGGGGGAGAGAAGGGGAGUUUAGGUGAAGUUGGCGAUGGUGGGGGCUUGACGUGUAAUGCGAUGGUGGAGUGUGUAGCUUGGAGUCGGGGUUUACUCGGCAGAGAUUGCGUGAGAGAAUGUGAGUCGUUCAAGAUUAGAGUGAUCGGGGUAUGCUGAGUUGGGUCUCGGUUUUUCGGGUGUCUGCUGUUAGAGUGCGCGGGUUUUUGAUCAUGUAACGCUUUGGGUCUUUGAAUGUAGUACCGAAUCGGCCUCCGCGAUCGGUCUUGGCUGCGUUGUUGGGCAUGAUUGAGGGGAAUUUUAUUGUCGGAAGAGGGCGAUGAAGCAGACAGGCCUUUUACAUAAUUUUGGUAACGGAGAUGAUUUGUUUGAGUUGAAAGCCGAGAUGGGAGGGACUGCGCGGAUGGAUGCGUAGGGAGGCUUGCUGUGUUGGGGGACCGAGAGUUGCGACGGGAGGCGGCUGAAAUGGGGCCGUCGGGGAAAUUGAGUGGCUAUGGCUAUCUAAGGGGCAAGAAUGGGAAUGUGUGCGGAGGAGGCAGGGGGAAACGAAGCUCAACUGGUGUGACGUCGGUAGUGAAGGCGCUCAUGGAAUCGCAAGUUACGGGGAAAGGGCUGAAGUCAAUUCGGCAGCUGCCGAGGGUGGUGUAUUGUAGAUUUCAAACGAGUUCCAAAAAUAUGGCGCCUCUGUGUAUGGAUUUGGAGAAUGGGCUUGUGAGCAAUCAUGUGGAGGCCUGUCAACGGGUGCUGUCCAACUUGCUAUACAGUAUUUGCGAGUGGAACAAUCCGCAUUAUCAGCAGAACCGAGAAGCUUUUGUGUUGUUCGGAGGCGAUGUCUUGCUUCUGAGGGCCUUGUUCUAUCCGUUCUCCAGUGAGGAUGGAAUAGAAAAGCUGGGAUCUUCCAAGGUGCUGGCUGUGCGUCGAGAUUGUCUAAGCCUCUUACGUGAGCUCUGCUUCACGGUGCCAUUCUUCCCCGAGGGUUUGGCAGCCAAUGGAGACUUCGUUAUCAAGCUGUUCGCUUUCAUGGGCAAUAUUACCACCUUCGAUCAAGCCGUUAGUCUCGCAGAAGAUGUUUUGGCAGCCCGAGAAGACACUCUCAGAGUCCAGGAUAUUCCAGACUUUGCAAAUUUGGUGCGCAAUUUCUCAUCCAGGCAAUUGGCGUCGUUUUGUCGCGUUCUUGCAAUGGUCGCCUUUGAAUCUGAGGCAGGGAAUCCAUGGAUGGGACAGGAGCGGAGCGUGGAGAAUACUUUCCCGUUGCAGAGGCCAAGGUCUGAGGAGCCAGAAUGGACCGUGGCCGACAAGAACCAUGAUGCCAUAUUACUCAUUCCUGAUAUUCUUGAACGCUUGGUGAUGCUUUUGACAUUUGACAAAGUGCCGUUUGGUCGCGAGAGAUUGCAGGGGGUUUUAUCAUCUGAAAUUUCCGACUUGACAGCAACUGUGUAUGUGGAAGGAGUUCCAGAGAACACAUUCAUUGCGUCUACUGAAGGUCGACGUGCACCUCAUGACGAGACUCGAAUUGUUCAUCCGUUUGCAGAAAAUGGGUCUAGAGUAGAUCCUGCUUCUCAUGCCCACCAACGAGUAGUUGCGACCAUCAUAGACGAGGAUUUCUUAGAUUGGAAUGUGUUCUUGGAUCGCAGCCCUUCAACCACUGCUCUUGUUCUCAAUCAUCAUGUGGAGGUCCUAUUCGUCUUGUGUGCUUUGUGCGGAGGAAAGAAGAGGGAACAGGUGCAGAACUAUUUAGCAGAGCUGGGGCUGGUCGGUGUCCUUAAUGAUAUGUUCGACAAACUAGACUGGAUGGUAACCAAACCACGCGUUAAUAGACGGGGUAUUCAUGGAUAUGGCUGUGCAUGCAACCCGAAAUCGGCCCUCAAAAUUCAGUUUUUGAGGCUUAUUCAUAAUUUCUGCGAUCGUGAUAGCUGUAAUCGUGCAAACAAACAGCUCUUGUUGCAGCCAAGCAGCUCCAAGGAUGGAAGUUAUUCUUGGAACAGGGUUGGUGAAUAUAAGGAGCCAGAAGGCCUUAUGGUGAAAAUACUGAAGGUCUUAAUUAAUGAACCUGCAGAUUCACUCUAUCGGUUCUGGUUGGCGUCUUGCGUGGAAGCCUUUCUGCGGGGUGCAGAUAGCAAGGAUCAGGAAUUUGUGGCAUCAACAGGCCUAAUGGAGCAUCUAGUGAAUGAAAUCUUGAAAGGAGGCUUUCGAUGUUCUACUUCCUUACAGAUUGACUUUGAUCUGCUCGGAGAGCUCAUUAAGUUCAACAAAUCACUGUUUCGAGAUCUAAAUGGAUAUCUAGCUGGCGAAAAGUUCAAUGUAUUUGUUGAGGUUUUGGUGACAAACCUGGUGGACUCUAACGUUUUUGUACGCUCUGUAAUACUGUCGUUGGAUUUCUUCAAGAGAUCUCGACAAAUCGGGACUACUGUACCUUCAGCAUUUAUGCCCACAAACAGUGAAAACUACAAAUUUGGAGACACGCCCUGGUCUCGGGCCAAAGGCGAAAACGAGUUUUGCAUGAUCACUGCAUUUGUCUCUCAUAACACACUUCGGCUGCUGAGGGACCUCAUGUGCUCAGUGCGCCUCAGUGACAUUAAUCAGGAUAACAUAUGUGUGCUCAACACAGCACUUAUCUUCCUCAUUUUUGCGGAGAAGAAUGGAGAGCUGCAAGGUUAUCUUCAAGCACUUAGAGCAGCCGAUAUGAGAGUACUGCGAACAUUCCGUGCUCUGCUUGAGUUUUGGCGGAGUUACUACCUCUGGAAACGGGGCCGUGAGUGCGUCUCACUACAGUACUCCACCCAUCUUCCUUUUGCAGACUGGCUGCGAAUUGUGGACUGCUUGUGUUCCCAUCCUGACUCCCCUUACUCUCUCCUCCACACCCCUCCAGUUGGUGCUCAGUCAUGUGUUGCCCUAACUGCUUCCAGUGCACCGCAUCCUCGAAGGCGUUAGUGGUUGUGCAGUGACCGAUUGUUUGUAUAAUUUGUGUAUAAACUAGACUGAGCAGGUGUGUUUUACUUAAUUAUUUGCUGAGGCACUCCAUCAGCGGUGGUGUUGAUGUACUGAAGAAUGGUUCUAAAUUCAAAACUAUCUUUGAUUCAUCUGA